AGCGGGCCCGGCGGGCGGUGCGGUAUAUUUUGUAUGCAUGGUGCAGAAAAAAUGAAUUCUGCUAUGAGUGAGGAGCCUGAUGCACUCUCUGUAGUUAACCAACUCCGAGAUCUAGCAGCUGAUCCCUUGAACAGACGGGCCAUUGUUCAGGAUCAAGGAUGCCUGCCAGGUCUUAUUCUGUUUUUGGACCAUCCCAACCCUCCAGUGGUUCAUUCAGCUUUACUAGCUCUCCGCUACUUGGCCGAGUGCCGUGUCAACAGAGAAAAGAUGAAAAGUGAAUUGGGUAUGAUGCUCAGCUUACAGAAUGUAAUACAAAAGUAAGUUUACAGUGGGUUUUUGGGUCCAAAGAGUGUUAAU